GCGGUGGGCCGCAGCGCGGGGUCACCAUGGCGGAGCUGCAGCAGCUCCGCGUGCAGGAGGCAGUGGACUCCAUGGUGAAGAGCCUGGAGAGGGAGAACAUCCGGAAGAUGCAGGGUGCCAUGUUCCGGUGCAGCGCCAGCUGCUGUGAGGACAGCCUGGCCUCCAUGCAGCAAGUGCACCAGUGCAUUGAGCGCUGCCAUGCGCCGCUGGCGCAAGCCCAGGCCCUGGUGACCAGCGAACUGGAGAGGUUCCAGGACCGCCUGGCCCGGUGUACCAUGCACUGCAACGACAAAGCCAAAGACUCAAUGGAUGCCGGGAGUAAAGAGCUGCAGGUGAAGCAGCAGCUGGAGAGCUGUGUGACCAGAUGUGUGGAUGACCACAUGCACCUCAUCCCGUCCAUGACCAAGAAGAUGAAGGAGUCCCUCUCUUCCAUCGCAAAAUAAAUGUCUGCCAGAGGCCACUGGGGAUCAGGGCAGGAAUCUUUAUAAAAAAGAAGAAGGGGAACUUGGGUCUUUUAAGUGAAUUUUAUGAAAGGGAAAAAAAAAAAAAGGAUAGCAGCAAGUUUAAGGAAUAUCACCUGGCUCUGGACACCGGCUCUUUUAUCAAUUCUAGCUCACAGGAAGGAAAUUGGGCAAGCUGGUGCUGUCAUUUGGGUUGGAGGUCGUACGAGUAAGUUACGUGGAGUCUCAGUUGUAUGUGGCAGGUGCUUAUCCUGAUCGUGGGUCUCUCCCUUGCUGUCCUGAGCCAGAGCCAUCCCAGGGCACCCGAGUCUCCUGAGUUUACAGGUACCAGCAUGCUGGCACGUCCCUCCAACCUGUCUGUAAUCUGGUGGAGUUUUAGGAGUAUUUCUGUUUCUCGCCAACCUCCUGUUUACAAGAAGUCUUGUCACCCCAUUUUCCAUAAGCUGUAAGACAAAAUGCAUGAGAACAAUAAUUCAGAAGAGGAAAAUGGAAAUGGAGGUCUUUGUUUCGUUCGGUUUUGUUUUAUAUGCAAGGGUCCGACAGUGAUUCAGAUGUCAAGUCGGGAGACAGGGUGGUUGGGAUAAGAUCUUUGAAAGGCUCUUUGGCCUCAUCUGGCUCUCAAGAUAGGCUGUUCUUGAAAUUGGCACACAUGGACUCUCAGCACAGACACUGCAAAAACCUGAAAGAGUGUCCCUCUGGCUGUGGGAGGCAGAGCUUCCUUUCCACUGGCCGUCCUGGUGGCCCCAAAGCUGUGUGCAGCAGUGACAGGACCAUCUCUUCCCCUGGAAGCAAAGGGGGUCUGGACAGUGAAGUGUGUACCAGUAACUGUUAAUGAACACUAAGAGGGAAACUGGUGGCAGCCGAAAGAAAUGAAAGCCGAAACAGGACAUUACUUACUGGUUCAUUGAGUCGGCCCAACUCAAGGUGCCCUUUUUGUGUACAACAAAACACAUCUUGCCAAGCCUGUGCAAUCGCUGUGAUCACUGACGUGUGUGGUCCCAGUGUCUGUCUCACAGAGGGUUUCAUUUUUGUUGGCCCUCUCCCAAACAGAAUGCCUUCUUUUAACUGAUGGGUCUUUCCUGGUGGCAUGUCCAACUGCUUUCUUAUCCCCUGUGUUAUCAGAGUCCUGUUAGCCAAUCUCCCGGCAACAGGACAGUCGAGGGAGAAAAAGUGAGUGAGUGACUCAGGGGUAAGGGAGACCUGUGACUCUUCUAGAGCCAAGGAGGGCCACCCCAUUAUCAAAUGCCACUUUCUUUCUGCCCAAAGCCUCUAGUGUGAUGUUCCUACUUCAGUGACACCUUAUUUCCAUAAGGGACAUGUCACCUUUCUACCAACUUAAUACCUGAAGUGUGAUAAUACGGCCUGUCUGCUGUUUCAAAACUGUGAUAUAUUUUCCUAGUGGUUUAAUUAAAAGAGUUUUACUUUUCCCCA